CGCUCGCCUGAUAGUUGGCGCUGGCAGGCCGGCGACUGCUAGUAGCGGGUUGGUCACCGCAGGAAGCGCAGAGCAGGAGCGGUAUCAGCAUCAGCAGCCCCGCAGACGCGAGUCGGAGUACCCAUCCGGUGAUCGGCAGCAUGGGCGUUCGGAAGAAGAGUAGCAAGAGCCCGCCGGUGCUCAGCCAUGAGUUCAUCAUCCAGAACCACGCCGACAUUGUGUCCUGUGUCGCCAUGGUCUUCCUCCUAGGGCUCAUGUUCGAGGUAACGUCUAAGGUGGCCGUGUUGUUCAUCACUGUUCAAUACAAUGUCACCAUCACGUCCGGUGAGGGCUCGGAGGAAACCUCCACCAAUUACUUUCAUCACGGACUGAAGGACCUGGCCACGGUGUUCUUCUACAUGCUCGUCGCCAUCAUCAUGCACGCCAUCAUCCAGGAGUACGUGCUGGAUAAGAUAAACAGGAAGAUGCACUUCUCCAAGACCAAGCACAGCAAGUUCAACGAAUCAGGCCAGCUGAGCGCCUUCUACCUCCUGUCCUCCGGGUGGGGCAUCAGCAUUCUGCACUCAGAAAACCUUCUGUCAAACCCUGUCAGUCUAUGGGAAGGGUACCCACACACGUUAAUGCCAUUCCAGAUGAAGUUUUUCUACAUCUGCCAGAUGGGUUACUGGUUCCAUGCUCUUCCUGAGCUCUACUUUCAGAAGACCAAGAAGGAGGACAUCCCGCGGCAGCUGGUCUACAUCAGCUUGUACCUUGCACACAUCAUCGGGGCCUAUGUACUGAAUCUGACCCGCCUGGGACUCGUGUUGCUGGUGCUGCAUUACUUCGUGGAGCUGCUCUUCCACGUGUCACGCCUCAUCUACUUCAACAACGAGAAGCGGCAGGGCGGGUUCACAGUUUGGGCUGUGCUCUACGUGCUGGGCCGCCUGCUCACGCUGUCCCUCUCCGUGCUCACCGUGGGAUUCGGCCUAGCGGGGGCGACACAGCAGGGCCUUGACUUGGUCAGCGGAAAUUUCAACGUGCUCUUUGUCCGGAUCACAGUCCUGGCUGCUAUCUGCCUGACCCAAGCCUUCAUGAUGUGGAAAUUCAUCAACUUCCAGCUGCGGCGAUGGCGGGAGCAUGCGCAGCUGCAGGCCCAGAAGAGGAAGCCGGCUGCGACCAAGGGCAAGGCCAAGAAGGACAGAGCCAAUGGCGUGAACGGCGCCCUGAACGCCAACGGUGCAGACUCACCACGGGGCCGUAAGGAGAAAUCCUCCUAAGCAGGCCGCCAGACCCCGGCGGCGAGUCCAGGGCCCAUGGCUCCGUCCCACGUUUCCAUCCGCUUCGUCCUCAUCGGCGCCUCCAACUGGACGGACCUGGACUCCCUCCCAACUUUUUCUUUUUUUUUUUUUUUAAUUUUAUUUUUUAAUUUUUAUUGCUAUUCUGACUAUACGGUGCCAUUAAAAAUGUGCAUAGAAACUGACGUUAAGUGCCUGAGAGCUCGGCUCUGCGUGUGCGUACCCCCGCACACCCCCACAUCCUCCUUCAGGACCGCCCCCGAAACCUCCCGCUAUCGUUGCUGUUUUAAUGCGACAUCAGGUGUCGCAGCAUAAGCCGUCCUGCAUGUAAUGCAGGACAGGAGUCAUUUGUUAUUGCCAUUUGAAUGCUGCCUCAUGACCCCCCACCCCGAGUUCCCAGAUGAGGGUUUGAUGGAGCAGCAGUGUCCCUUUCCCUUCUGCCACCGGCCCAUGUCGUGGGGGGAGGGGCGGGUGGGAUGGUUGAUGCUUUGUUUGGCCGCGCCCGUGAUGAGCCUGACCGCGACACAGCGUGUUGGAACAGCGCCGCUUCCUUAGUCAUAAUGAAAGUGAAAGCGGGCCGUUCGGGGACCUCCUCCUCACGCCUGGGCGUGUCUGGCCGUGUUUCCGAUUUCACCAAGGCACCCGCGCAUGCGUCAGCUUGGUGUAAGGGAUGGAAGACAUGUCACGUGUACCGUCAUUGAAGUCCUGCCGUUCCCCCGAGGCAAAGUCCUCGAUCGAAUCGUAACACUUGUUUCUCAGUCACAGCCGCUGUGUAGUGAGCCAACGCCAUGUCCAGCUAUAAAUGGAGGAUUUGUUUCAUUAUUGGUUUAUUUUGCUUGUUUUCUUUUUAAGUGUUGCUCUGUAUUCUUGCUCAGACCUUUUGUGUAGCUAUCAAAACCAGUCGCACUUUACUAAUUGCCGAUUGGGAGUAAUUUUUAUGACUUUUCCAGCCCUCCGUGUUCAGUGUCCUCCACGUUGAUGCCCCCUGGGUGGGCGUCCUUAGGUUUAUGCUGGGCCCACGUUCAGCCAUUUUGUUUCCAUCUUCACAUUUCAGGCCUUGUCAGUCGAGAGCCUCCACAAACACGCUGUUCUCAGGGAUGGGUCACUUUCGUCCGACACCAGUUACAGUGGUCUCACUGACCCCCCCCCCCCACAUACACACUUUGUUUAAGGUGGUCUGUCUGGUUGUCUUAGCUGAAAAUGUCCUUGUAUAGUCUGAAAGAAUAAUUACUAAAUAGGAAUUGUUGUUGCGCCUCUAGCAAGGGAGGACCAAGCACGCUGUCGCGGGCCUCAUACAAGCCCGUUUUUCCCGUUCUGGCUGUCGGUCAGGUAUUUUUUUUCUCGAGGUGACAGUUUUCCAUUCCAUCAGUACCAGAAGUGCUCUGUGUGUGUCUGACCAAUCGGGGUGUAAAGUAACGUUUUGGAAUAAAUGUUUGUCUCGGAGCAGACUGGCCAGAUGCACAUUUUGUCAUGUCCAUCACUUGGUUGGAUUACAGUUUUCCUUGUACGUUAAGGAAAAAUCUGCUGCAUCAGUUUUAUAGGAUGAAACUCAAAUUAAGGACCUUGAUGCUGCUCCUGGUCGUCUUGGGGCUGGUUUUUGUUCCGUAUCAGUACUUGGGUAUGAUGUCAUUUCCUUGGUGGGGGUUGCUUGAUAACAGAAAGAUGCCCCCCCCCAUUCAUACCUGGGCCACCUAUUUUUAAAUAUGUAUCUUUAUAUAACUCUGAAAGUAGAUAUUUGGUUAUGACUGUGUGGUCAGUCACCAAAAAACAAGCAUGUCCUCACUAACCAGAUUUAGCACAUUCAAGGGGAAAGCUGAAUGGGUUUAACAUGUUGGUUUCUGUGCAGUUUAAAAGAUACGCCCCCCUCAGGUAGUAAUGGGGAAGUGCGUCACUGCCAACUUCUCAGCAUCAGAUCUGUAAACUAGUCAUUGAAAGGUUCGUGUUAUUCCUUUGUACACUUAUAACAAAAAAAACUACACCAUUGUGUUUAAAUUUAUUAUUUUAAAUAUCGAUCAGGAAGGCAUUUACGUGUUAAAGCGUCUCGCUUAUAAGCACAAUCUCAGCGUGUCCACGAGCUGGCUGCCUGAUAAUGGUUUUAUUUGACGGCGGACAUUCCCCUUUGCUUUCUGGUUGUAUGAUCAGAUGAAUCAGUACCUGAGUCUACCUACCCGUCCAGUUCGUUCUCAUGAAUGUAACACGAGUGAAGUUGGUGAUGCUUUAUUAAAGCUAUCUGGGUAACGACUUCA